AUGACGGAGAAAACUGUAUACAAUGCCCUCCCGAAGCUUCCCGGGUUUAACUUCCCGGAGCUGCACGCCCCUACAUCCUACAGGCGGCAGCACUACUGUGUCGUGCAGGACGGCACUCGAAGUGUCCUCAACCCGAACACCACCGGCACCGGCGCGGGCAGCAGUAGCAACAAGAAACAGACACAGAAAGGGGAAUGCGGCGGUCUCGAGCGAAACGAUAUUCUCGCAAGGUUUCCAGAGUGGAAGUCAUUAGACGAUAAGGUCCUUCGCUACUUUGCCUACUACAUGGAACGUGUAGAUGAAAGUCCUGUAGAAAAGAUUCGUGUUCGUAAAGUAGUAAUUUAUUUGUAUCUUGCCGAUGGAAGUAUUGCCGUGACGGAGACACCUGCUGUGGUGAAUAGCGGUCUCCGUCGGGGUACCACGGUCUCACGUUGCAAAGUGGAUGGAGUGGAUUUCUUCUCUCUAUAUAUUGGUUCUACUAUUCAAAUAAGAGGUUUGGAAUAUACAAUUGUUGACUGUGAUGCCGCCACACGAGAAUUUUGUGCAACGAUGGAAAUGCCGCAGCCGGAGCCUAUCAGUUAUCCAGAUGAUGCAUUUGAGGCAACUGUUACAGUUAAGAAAUCCCCAAUGGAUGAACAACACAUUGCGAUGCGACGCACCAUGGAGAUUAUGGCAGCCACUGCAGCAGGAACUCACGCAAGUCUUCUUACACCAGAAGAACGUCACAAGGCUCGAGAUUUUUUUGAGCAUGAUCGUGAAGUUUUAUCCUUCUCAGCCGUAUGGGAACAGCGACUCUUUAGAAUUCAAUACUACAUUGCAGACCAAACACUUUCAGUUAUGCUCGUACAUGCCCGAAAUGAUGGACGUGAUCCCUAUUCCGUCUUUAUCAGACGUACACGAAUUCCUAAAGAAGCCAGAGCGAUAUUAAGAGAUACAGAAACUUUAAAUGUACCUGCUGGUUCCCCAGUGGUGUAUAUAUCUGAAGAUGACUUACGAACGGGUCAUACCGUAAAUUUAUUUACCAGAGAUUUUUAUAUUUUUGACUGUGAUUCUUAUACAAAGGCUCAUUAUGAGGGAAAAGGAAUCCGUCAACCAAGUUUUCCAAAACCUACAACAGAAGCAGAAAUUCUUGCGUCAACUAUUAAGCGACCACAAGUGGUAAACUCAUCCUCGACAAAAGAAGCACCACGUGGGGCCUCAACUAUGGUUUUUGAAGAUACCGUCGCGCAGAAAGAUCGUCUUAAAUUAACUCGUUACACUAAUGAUGUAUUUCGUUUUUCUGCUCGUUAUGCAAAUCCUAAACCAGAAGAUGAAGGCAGACAAUUUGUAUUCUGUUAUUACCUCGCAGAUGAUACAGUGUCUGUGUAUGAACUUGUGGUAGCUAACAGUGGUCACGUUGGUGGAAAAUGUUUUGCCCGCACUACCGUCCCUGAUAUCAGUGAACCCGGUAAACUGUAUGUGGGUGCUAAAAUAAAACUUGCAGGAGUGGAGUAUGAACUUACAGAAAUGGAUGAACGUACUAGACGGUAUAUUGCAAUGGGAAUGCCUCUUAUGGAUGAAAGUUUCUUUCAUACACGAGAUUUGGUCAAUCGAGCACGUCAAGUUGUUCUUCAGCGUUUUUCGAGGUUAACUGACGCUUUUCGUCACUUUAAAUCAAAAGAAGAUGGAUUAACAUGUGAUGAUGUAAGACGUCUUUUCGUGGAAUGUGGUAUACGAUUAGAUGCCACGGAACUUAAGAACGUUAUGGAAAACCUUGACCAAGACAAGGAUCAAAUUGUCUCAUUAUCAGAAUUCUGUGAAAAUCUAUUAGGACAACAGUUCGUCUCUGAUUUUGUUCCAAAGAAUGAAAAAAGUAUCGAUAUUGGUAAAGGAUCACUUCUUACAAAUCGAGAUUUAGAUUCAAAUAAGACAAUGGCAAAAGAAGGAGAGGAGGCACUGCGAAAAUUGAUCUCACAAAGUGAAGCUCGUCGGGUACUUCUUAUUAGGGCCUGUAAAAUUGUAGCAAACACUACGUACGAUGGUCAACUCAGUAUUAUAGAUUUUGCAAACACGAUUAAGGAUCGAUUGAAUCUUUCCUUUUCGGAUAAGGAAAUGGAUGCCCUCGUCUAUAAAUUUUAUUACUCUCAAGGAGUCCCUGAUUGGAGAGCGAGGCGGUUACCAGUAAAAGAAAUUCAGCGACUUGUCAUGCUAUAG